AGCUCCCGCUGCCACCGGAGUCGCAGUUCCGGUUAGGCGACGGAGUUUGUUUACGUUGCUCACAGAUCUAGAGGCUAUCGCGCUUCAAAAUGGGAAAAUCUUUCGCCAACUUCAUGUGCAAGAAGGACUUUCAUCCCGCCUCCAAAUCCAAUAUCAAAAAAGUAUGGAUGGCAGAACAGAAAAUAUCAUAUGAUAAGAAGAAACAAGAAGAAUUAAUGCAACAGUAUCUUAAAGAACAAGAAUCAUAUGAUAAUAGAUUGCUUAUGGGAGAUGAACGUGUGAAGAAUGGCCUUAAUUUCAUGUAUGAGGCCCCACCAGGAGCUAAAAAAGAAAACAAAGAGAAAGAAGAAACAGAAGGAGAGACUGAAUACAAAUUUGAAUGGCAGAAAGGAGCCCCGCGAGAAAAAUAUGCCAAAGAUGACAUGAACAUCAGAGAUCAGCCCUUUGGUAUUCAGGUUCGAAAUGUGAGGUGCAUUAAAUGUCACAAAUGGGGCCAUGUCAAUACAGAUCGAGAAUGUCCUUUGUUUGGUCUUUCUGGAAUUAACGCAAGUUCAGUUCCUACCGAUGGCUCAGGGCCAUCGAUGCACCCCUCGGAGCUAAUAGCGGAGAUGAGAAACAGUGGGUUUGCACUGAAACGAAAUGUACUGGGGAGAAACUUGACCACAAAUGAUCCAUCACAGGAAUAUGUUGCGAGUGAGGGUGAAGAAGAUCCAGAAGUUGAAUUUUUAAAGUCACUAACAACCAAACAAAAACAGAAACUUCUCAGGAAAUUGGAUCGACUGGAGAAGAAAAAGAAGAAAAGGACAAAAGAUAGAAAAAAGAAAAAACUUCAGAAGAGCAGAAGUAAACAUAAAAAACAUAAAAGCAAAUCACCCUCCUCCUCCUCCUCCUCCUCGUCUUCCUCCUCCUCGUCUUCCUCCUCCUCAUCUUCCUCCUCCUCCUCUUCCUCCUCCAGUGAGAGUUCAGAAAGCAGCAGUGAGAGUGACAACAAAGAGAAAAAAAUACAAAAGAAGAAAAGAAAGAAAAACAAGUGUUUGGGGUAUAACAACAGUGAUUUUGAAGAGAGAGACAAAUCUAAGAAGAGAAAACUUUAUAAAGAACUUUCUAGCAGUCACAGUAACAAGGAAAAAGACAGGGAAAAGCCUAGGUUUUUAAAACAAGAGCGUUCUGGGAAGAAUAGCAAAUGGAGCCAUUCCAGUUCUGACAGAAAGUCCAAAAGCCAUAACUAUAGCCCAAAGAAGAGAGGAUCUGAAAGAAAUGAGAGGAGCAGUAGAAGCCAGAGCAGGGAUGAGAGGAGUAGGAGAAGUCGGAGCAGAAGUCACGGUAGUUACAAGCAGAGGGAGGUUAGAAAACGGACACAACGCAGCCCCAGUAAAGAGCGGAACAGAAAUAACACCAGCAGCCAUGGCACAGUUAUAUACAGAGGAGAAAAAAUGCACAGGGAGAACUCAGGAGAUAAGCAUAUUAAAGUGACACAAAGAGAAGGAAGCAGAAGUAGAGAGAAAAGAGAGACUUACCUAGAAAUAAAAAUAUCUCCACUUUCUUAUUGAAUACCUUCAGUAAGGGCUAAAUUAUAUACUAUUGUCUUUCUAAUAAAAAAAGCUCUAUUUUAAUUUUCCAUCUCUGUAAACUGCCAUUUCAAGUACAAAACUACAUGACUAUCAUAAGAAUGAGUUUUGCAAGUAUUUGUAAGUAAUCUGUUUUGGGGCUGUAGAAAUAUUUUCUGUUGGUAAAUGUUUCUUGUGUCCUAUCCUAGAUAAUUUGGGAUCCUAGAUAAAAACCUCAUAUAACUGUAUGAUAUUGUCUUUGUUCUGAAAUAUCAUUAAAAGAAUGACAGUACACUGGAUAA